AGGACCGAGUCGUGGUCAUCCGCUUUGGGCACGACUGGGACCCGACCUGCAUGAAGAUGGAUGAAGUCUUAUACAGCAUUGCUGAGAAGAAAUGGCAGAUUAAAGGGGGAGAUCCUUCCUCAUCCUCUUGCUUACAAGCCAUGUUUGGAUCUCUGCUGUUUUAAAGAGUAAAAAACUUUGCUGUUAUUUAUCUUGUGGAUAUCACGGAAGUACCAGACUUCAACAAGAUGUAUGAGUUGUACGAUCCCUGUACUGUCAUGUUUUUCUUCAGGAACAAACACAUCAUGAUUGAUUUAGGUACAGGUAAUAACAACAAGAUCAACUGGGCAAUGGAAGAUAAGCAAGAGAUGAUUGACAUUAUAGAAACCGUUUAUAGAGGAGCCCGCAAAGGUCGAGGUUUGGUAGUAUCACCGAAAGAUUAUUCCACUAAAUACAGAUACUGACAUUUCUUUAGCUCUGCCUUUUUUUUUUUAACCUUACAUCCACUUAAAUUUAUUUGUGUGUGUGUGUACAUAUAUAUAUUAAAUGAAAAAAUCUACAAAUCCUUCAAAUUUGAGCAUAUUUUUAUUUAUUUAAAAUAUUUGAAUUCCACUGGGAAAAAUAAAAGACGUAAAGCCUGGAACUGCCCAAUGGCAGUAGUACUGUAGACGAAUUUUGGAAUUUUUUUUAAUUUUUAUUUUUUAAAGACUUUACUCUGUGUUGUCCUUUCGGUAUGAUGUAUUUUUGUACACAAAAAGCCUGUUAGCAGAAAAACAUUUAAAUUGUUUUUAUUUGCUUUUGUUACACAAAUAUGUGGGAAAACUAUACUGUGGCUUUUUUAAAAGAAUAAAAUGAGUUUACCUUACUUUUCUUUAGCUAAUUAAAUUUGAGAAUUUGAGACACAUGUAUAUUUAUAGGAUUAAGAAAAAACAAGCAGAAAGGAGAUACCUGUAUUUUUGGUCUAGUUUGUCACAAGACAAAGUGAAAUAUGUUUUUUUAUCAUCUGUGUGUUUUAGAGGAUUUGGAAUGAGUCAAGAAAAUUAAAUUAAUUUGAUUUACAGUGGUUAUUAAUUAUGGAAUCAUUUAUGUUGGAAGGGACUACUGGCGGUCUAGUCCAACCUCCCGAAGCAGGUCCCACUUCAUCAGGUUGCCCAGGACUGUCCAGUGUUGAGUAUCUCUAAGGAUGGAGAGUGCUCAUCCUUUCUGGAAAGCCUGUUCUGCUGCUUGGGCACCCUCAUAGUUGAAAAAAGCAUUCCUUGCAUCUAGCUGGAAUUCCCUGUGUUCCAGCUUGUUUUUAUUAACUCUCUCAUCUAAAAUGCCUCCAUCAAGAGUCUGACUGUUCCCCAUGCCCGACCAUGGGGUAGCUGUAGCCAGAAAGCAAGCUGUAGUCUUGUCUUCAGGCUGGACUAGCUGAAUACUCUCAAACCCUCAGGUGCUUUGCACUCCACCAUAUCUCGGUGGCUCUCCCUGUAACUGCCUCAUAACAAUAUAUUUCUUGAACUGGGGAGCCCCAAAAUUGACACAGUACUCUGGGUGUGGUCUCACGGGAGAUGAGUGGAGGGAAAUGAGCUGCUGGCUCUACUGGUGCCAGUAUGUGGCUGCAGCCUUUUGUUGCCAGGGCACCCUGGCAGAGCACCUCCAACUUGCCUGCCAGACCCCGCUCCUUUCCUGCAAAGCUGUGUGCCAGCCAGCCCCUCAACAACUGCACCGCAGCAUAAGCCUUUACCCGGUUCUAGAGGCGAGGCUUGGCACUUGCCUUUCAACUUCAUGAGGUUCCUGUUGGCCCGUUUCUCCUGCCUGUCCUCUAGCAUAGCAACCUCUCCCCCCAGUUUGACGUUGCUUGCAAAUCGGCACUGAUUAAAGCAUUGAUUAGAAUGAUUGCUUGAUAUUAAUGAAGAAUCUGUAAGAUGUAAGUAUUAACACCUGCUGAAGUUUUUAAAAAGUGUAUUUAUCCUUCACGAGCUGAGGUAUUCUGUUUACCUAGUAAUGCUAAGAUGUCUGCAUUUGUUGUGAGAGGUUCCCUUUUAAGUUUCAACCAAAAUUUUCCCUGCCAAGAGUGCCAGUGUUCUGGUGUACAAGAACCUUAAAGUUAGUGCAGAUGUCCUGUGUUGUCUGGCUCCGCCACGUCUUGUUCAGGCCCUGUUUGGUAACUGGAAUUCCUAUCUAUCUCGAAGUCCUUAGGCUCUUUCAUCAACAUGGCUG